AUGAGUCACAGCAUGGAGACCAGACUCGACACCCCGAGCAGAACCGCUCCACAUGCGUAUUCACAGCGCCAACCGAGACGUGCCAGAUUAGACACCAGCGUCGCGGUUAGGGGGACGUCCGCGGACAUGAAUUCGACCAAGCCGAUAUCUGGAAAGUUCAAUGAGAAAGAACUAAUGCACGGCUUGAACGACCGUCUUGCAGGAUUCAUAGAGAAGGUGCACCAGCUGGAGCACCACAACCAUCUGCUGGAGAGAGAAAUCGAAGAGAUCAGAGGGAAAGCAAAACCCGCAUCGUGUUUGGAGGAGGAGUACGGACCGGAGCUGAGGAAGCUGAGGCAGCUGGUUCAGGACAUCACUCAUCAGAAGCAUCAGAUUGAAAUCGAGCAUCAGAAUUUAGAGGAGGAACUGUCCGACUUGAAGAAACAACACGAGCAGGAGGCGCGCAGCAAAUGUGACGCCGAGAGAGACAUCAUGGUCCUGAAGAAGGACAUCAGCGACGCGUAUCAGGCGAAGCUGCAGCUGGACAAGAAAGCGCAGUCUCUCGUGGACGAAAUCCACUUCCUGAAGAGAAACCAUGAGGCCGAAGUGUCAGAAAUGUUUGACCAGAUACAGGAUGCGCAGUUGACUGUGAAAGCGCACGAAUUUGGCCACCCCGGCGUCACUGCGGCACUCCGGGACAUCAGGACGCAGCUGGAAGGUCACACCGUGUGCGACGUCCAGCAGAUCGGGGAAACUUUCCGAUCUCAGUUUGCAAGACUAACGGAGGCAGCUGAGAGCAAGAGGGAGGCGUUAAAAACGUCCCAGCAAGAGAUCCAGGAGUACAGGAGGCGCCUGCAGGCCAAAAACGUCGAACUGGACUGCGCUAGAGGCACCAGGGAAGCACUGGAGAAGCAACUUCAUGACGUGGAGGAUCGCCACAAGGAGGAAAUCAUCCACUACCAGAACACAAUCAAAGAACUUGAAAAUGAGCUCAUAAAUUGCAAAUUCGACAUGUCUGGAUACCUGAGGGAGUACCAGGACCUGUUAAAUGUGAAGAUGGCUUUGGAUGUGGAGAUAAUGUCCUACAGGAAACUUCUGUGUGGCGAGGAGGCCCGGCUGUCCACGAUGUCCGACACCCACAUCUCCCUGCCCUACAUCUACCACCAGUCCCCCAUUUACACCCUCCCCUGCCACAGCCGACCAGGAGGCUCGCACAGACGAGUGGAGCCCCACUACAAGUUCGUGGAGGAGAUCAUCACCGAGACCACCAGGGAGAUCGAGAUGUCCGAAUUCGAGGAGACGGGCUCGGAGGAGACGGAGGUGGAAAAAGAUGAGUGUGCCAAAAGAGAGAAAGGGGGCAGCGAGGAAGAGGAGGAGGAGGGCGGUGAUAAAGACAGUGGAGAGGACGAAGGUGACCAGAUGUCUGACAGUCAGCAGGAUCAGUCAGGGGAAGAGUCAGUGAGUGUAGGUGAUAAUAGAGAGGGAGAGAGUCCUGGUGAUGGAGAUGAUGGUGGGAAAGAUCAAAAUAGGGAUGAAGAAGAGUCAGAGGAGACUGGAGCAGCUGAUAGCGAAGGGGAUAGUGGCUUAGAUACAAAUACUGAAAGCAAAGUUUUACUGAAUGAGAGCUUCGGUGAGGAAAAGAAAGAGAAUCUUAAAGCAGCUGAAAACACAGAAGCUGCAGUGAUCAAGGUUCAGACAGAUUCAUCUUCCAAACCACAUGAUUUGAAGCCAGAGGCCACUGUGGAGGGUAAAGCGCUGAAAAAAUCUGAAGACGGUAAACAAGGACGUGCUGAGGAAAAUAGUUUGGACUCAGCUCAAGCGAAGGAGCCUGUAGAUAAAACCUCAGUGUCUGAAGAAUCAGGCAAAACCCAAGAGCCAAGCAGCGUAGCAGAAGUGCAGGAUAAAGUUAAAACUGCGGUUAAAACAGAUCUCACAGCAGAGACAAAGGAUGCUCCGUCCAAAGAGGCAGAGAAAAUUUUAGAAAAGUCUCAAGUAACUUCAAGUGCAGCACCCAAAAAUGUAGAAAACACUCAUACAGAGCCGAAGGGAGUCAGCAAACCUGAUGCUGCUAAAGGUGAUGAAAAAAACCUUCAGGAUGCAAAACAUGAAAGCAAUAAAGAUAAAGAGCCAUCUCCUAAAUCUAUGGUAAAAAGUCUUCCAGAAGUCGAGGGUACGAAGCCAAACAGUGGGGAUAAAAUGCAGACUGUGUCGCCGAAGGAAAAGACAAGUGGGGCUGCAGAAAUCAAAGAGCUACAUGAGGGGGCACCAGAGAGCAGCCAGGUUCAGACAGCGAAGCCGCCUGCAGAAAAGAAAUGAUCCUCAAAGGUAAAGCUGAGACGGUGGGAGAGUAGAAAGUCAGAGAGACACAAGGAAAGUAACCCAAACAUAUCUGCAGUGGAUGAGGAAGAAAGAGCAAAGGGCGCUUCCACCUUAAAUUAAACGAGAAGCUGAUGAAUGCAAAUAUCAGAGAUAGUGAAGCUACAAAAUAGAGAAUGGCUUAUCUGAUGCAAAUGCAAAUCCAAGCACAAGCUGAGUCAGGGAAAGAAAGCAGAGCUGGAGUUUCUCUUCAAAGUCACAGUUUCAUAAAGACGAGAACUCGAUCCUUCUCAUGUUUGCUUUGAACUUUGAAUCGACUUGUAAUGUAUUAAAAAAAUGACUCACCAUGAAACUAGUGUGGUUAUGAAUG